GGUAUCCAGCUGUUGCUGUCAACUUGCUGAAUGCGAUUUCCUCAUAGGAUGAAAGGAGAUUGGAAUGAGAAUGAGCGCAGAAACUUUGAAAAACUCUUCCGCUUUUAUAUUCUGUGGUUUCGUCUCAUUUGCGUUCCUAUAAAAUCUCACAAACCGUCACACAUCUACACUCUGUACUCAGUGUUACUCACGCUGAACACGUACACAGCCAUCGCAGCCAUUAUGGCGGAUGUGUUUCAGCAUGCAGACGAUCUGGAACGCGUCAUGGAAAACUUCAGGGUAAUAUUUCCAUCCCUGAGUAUUAUGUGGGUGCAGCUGUCCAUGAGAUUCCAGAAAAAAUCCAUGGAACGGCUAAUGUAUCUUGCCGCAGCUUUCAAGUGGGAAGACGCACAGGCCAAAAAACCUGCUGACGACAGUUUCAAAAUGACAGCCAUCCUCCCAGUCAUUAAACCAGCAACCCUGAGAAUUUCAAUAUUUUUCGUCACUUUCCACACGUGUCAUGUCAUCCUGCGACUGGCUCUUGGAGAAGGAAGACCGCUGAGUAUCAAUGCUUAUUACGGCGUCAAUGUAUCCAGCAGCCCUCUGUACGAAAUGGUCAACGUCUCCCAGUUCUUCAUGGCUGCCAACUGCUUUCCAUUAUUCUUCGGCUACACCGGUCUGUAUGCCUUCUUGCUGACCAUCGCCUGCAGUCAGCUUGAGAAACUGAGAGCUAGCAUUUUAAAUAUCAGACAAAGAAACGACACAUCAGAAGAGGACUCGGACGCUGAGAACGGCAAAGUAAAAGAAGGGGGAAAAGUUCAGACCUCUCAGCAAGUGUUCAGCCACAUGCAGCAACAACUCAACGACUGCGUACGUCAUCACCAAGACAUACUUCGGUUCAUGAAUGCAUUGGAGGAAGCCAUAAGCCCUGUGCUAAUGGGCCAAUUUAUCAUAAUUUUAACUGGCAUGUGCUUCGCAGCAUUCUCUUUUGCCAUGAGUUUAGGAAACGUAUUGAACAUGGCUCAGUCUAUCCUGGAAUACACCGCAUUUUUGGUACAGCUUAACGCCUACUGCUGGUUUGGAAGCGAGCUGACUCAGCUGGCAGAAAGCGUGAGGGACGCGGCGUAUGGGUGCGAUUGGGUGGGGACUCCUGUCUCUUUUCCUAAGUGCCUAGUCUUCAUCAUCGCCGCCGCCAGCAAGGAGUUCACCCUCACAGCUGGGAAAUUUGUUCCAGUUACCAGAUCUACCAUGCUCAAUGUCAUCAACCAGACAUUCUCGUAUUUAAUGUUCCUGAUGCAAGUGAAAGAGAAGAACAAACAUGUAUGAGAUGCUGUACGACACAAAGCUGAAGAGUUUCUCUAGUUACACAAUAAUAAUGGCAUUCGUUCCAUCACGUUCUGUAGAAAUUUGCUGUACUCUUUAAAAUACAAUAAAAAGCUAGAAUAAACGUU